GUGUAUAACUGUGUAUUUAAGAUUAUCUAUUGGUGCUGACUGUGUGAAUAUAAUGUUGUUUUAAUACAAAAGUAGCCAACACCAGUCUAAGAAGCUGGAGUGUUUCUUCUUAAGCAUUGAAUUAAGGUGCUCUGGCUCAACUCUUUAAGCCGGCAAGCCCACAUAAGGACUCAGGCUGACAGGAACAUCAACCAGGGUCCGGACUGGGGUCUCUAAAGGCAAUAUGGAUGGAGUCAUUCGUCCACAUGUGCCCUCUAAUGGCUGACUUUAACACAACAACGCUACCCAGUCCUCUUGCCCAGAACCAGGCAGGUGUGUCCACUCCUCUUUAGAGCCUCUGUGUGUCCACUUCCAAAUUCCGAAUGUCCUGCCUCAGGCGUCAGCCCGUCACCAUCCCUAUGGACACGGUCAAGAUCAUCCAGUCCGAGAAGUUCCCCAGAGAGUGCACGGUGCCCGUCACCCAACCUCGCUUCGCCCCGCCCCCCAGAGUGGCAUGGGACGGUGGCGGCGAAGGGGAGAUCAUAGUCAACCAGGCUUGCAGCGACCUUACGCUUGACAUGACGGUGGCGACCCCCAGGCCCAUGGCGUCCCCCCAGCUCCCCGUUGUCCGCAGGGAGCAAAGCUUCUUAGCGCAGCGCAAAACCAGUGCCAACGAGAUCUGCUACCACCAGUUUCACUACAAGAUGGACGACGUCAUAGUCAACCAGUAUGUGCUACGCUCCUCCUCCACGUCCUCGUCCUCGUCCUCGACCUCUUCGGGGGCCCCCGUGCCCUGCGAGCCCCUGGACUGCCCCACCUGUGGCCACACCUACAACUUCGCCGGCAAGCGCCCUCGCAUCUUGUCCUGUCUGCACUCGGUGUGCGAGGAGUGCCUGCAGAUCCUCUACGAGUCGUGCCCCAAGUACAAGUUCAUCUCCUGCCCCACCUGCCGCCGCGAGACCGUGCUGUUUACCGACUACGGGUUGGCAGCCCUCGCCAUCAACACCAGCAUCCUGAGCCGGCUGCCCGCCAACCCCAACGGGCCCGUGCAGUGGGGCGGGGACGUCGACCGCAGCUGCUACCAGACUGUGCGCCAGUACUGCCAGUCGGCCUGCACCUGCCACAUCGCCAACCCGCUGUCCUCCUGCGGCAUCAUGUAGACAAAAUGCGGGCGCCACGUAACGCUGCUCAGCCACACCUUUGUCGACUAUAAGCUCUCCCCCUACCCCUCACACACACACAGACCGUCAAUAAUCCCUCCACAGAUGACUUAUCUCUAUAUAUUUAAUAGCACAGAUGGAUGCUGUGUGGGACUAAUGGAUGCCGACGAUUCGAUAGAUAGUAAAUAUAUGUAUUUUACGUAUGGACUGGAAUCCUGUUCACCCUCUCUUGUUUGGUUGGAUGUGUUUGUCAUCUCUUUUCAUGGGAAUGCCAGGGGAGGUCAAUCCCCCCCCACCCGUCUCCUCAAGGUGAA